AUGACAGGCCGCGACAGGCCGCGACACGGCGCGACAGAAACACCACCGCCCCGCCCCGCCCCGCACGUAACGCUCAGCCCCGCCCAGCACGCUGCGCGCGCACCCCGGCCCCGCCCCGCCCCGCCCGCCAAAUUCGGCGGGAAGCGGCGGGCCGGCCCCCGCUGCCUCCGGCGGGAUCCCGCCAUGAGCGGGACGGUGAUCGCCGGGACGCCCAUCGCCGUGGACUUCUGGAGCGUGCGGAGGGCGCCCGGCGCCCGGCUCUUCUUCCUGUCGCACCUGCACUCGGACCACACCGUGGGGCUGUCCAGCACCUGGAGCCGCCCGCUGUACUGCUCGCCGCUCACCGCCCGCCUCCUGCACCGCCGCCUCCAGGUGCCGCCGCGCUGGAUCCGCCCGCUGGAGGUGGGGCAGAGCCACGUGCUGGGCGAGGAGGUGACGGUGACGCUGCUCGACUCCAACCACUGCCCCGGCUCCGUCAUGUUCCUCUUCGAGGGCGCCUUCGGCACCAUCCUCUACACAGGGGACUUCCGCUACACGAGCGCCAUGCAGGGCGAGCCGGUGCUGAGCGGCCGCCGCAUCGACCGCCUCUACCUGGACAACACCCACUGCCACCCGCGGCGGCCGCUGCCCUCGCGGCAGCACGCCACGGGCCAGGCCGCCCGCGUCAUCCGCGCGCACCCGCGGCACCACGUCGUCAUCGGUGUGUACAGCCUGGGGAAGGAGGCGCUGCUGGUGGACCUGGCCGUGGAGUUCAGCACCUGGGUGGUGGUGAGCCCCUGGCGCCUGGAGCAGAUGCGGCUGCUGGAGAUGCCCGACGUGUUCACCGCCGAGGAGGGGGCUGGCUGGAUCCGCGCUGUGGACGUUGCCGAGAUCCGCUGGGAUACCCUCGCCAGCUGGAACGCGCUGCGCCCGACCAUUGCCAUCAUCCCUACCGGCAGGCCCGUGAAGGCCACCCACCCCAACAUCCACCCCAUCCCCUACUCGGAUCACUCGUCCUUCUCGGAGCUGUGCGAGUUUGUGAAGUGGCUGAAACCUUGCUCGGUCAUUCCGAUUGUGAAGGAUAGCAUGUGCCAGACUUACUUUCAGGAAUACCUGAGUUCUUCCCCCCGGGCGCUUCCUGACCUCAAAAUCCCAAAGCCUGUGCAAGAGUCUGUACAGCAGCAAAGCAAAAGGAAGGGACAGGAACUCGUGCAUCUCUCGAAAAGAGCUGCCUGGCAUUCUGUGCCCCGAGGAGUUGUUUAUGAGUCCCCAGAGAAAUAUACUGAGAAACCCGAAGAGUUUACAGGUGUUAAGGUUCCUCAGCAGAACUGUUGUGAGGCAGCUUUCUGCUCUAAAGAAGGUUGCAGUUGUCCCACGUGCAAGGAGAAAGGGAAGGAAGAGAUGAGUGGAGAAGAGCCAGGAGUAGCAAGAGCAGCUAGUGCUGCUAGCCAGGCGCCUGUUUCUGAUAAGCACUUUCCAACUGGAUUUGCAGAGCAGUAUCUACUUACUCCCUUGAAUGUUCUAAAGCAGAAUUCCUCACACGAAUUUGACAAGCUGGUAGAAGAGUUCUUUAGGAGGGGAGAAACAUCCUGAAAAACUGUAUGAUGCUUGCCAGUGCCAACGCAGUUGGUAGCAGUGAUUUUGAAGGUCUUGCUGCUGUAUCCCAUUUUCUGUGUUCAUGUUUCCCCUCAGGAGAGGAGCUCUGCUGUGGAGUUCUACUCUUUUUAACUCUCAUUAGAGGACGAGGAGGAAACUAGAACCAGUUUGUAGGUGUUAGAUUCUUUUUCUUAUUGAUUUAUUUAUUUUUAUACUUCUGUUGGGUCUCCACACUAAACACGGGCAGUGCAGUCCCACUGCGUGUGUGCCUUGUAUCCACUUUUUGCAGUGUCUUACUUGUUUCUUGUGACAAAAGAUACUGCCAGGUUGAUUCAAGCUGAGCUGCAGAGGGCGUGAGCUGCCUGCAGCUGAAAGUAAUUGAUGGGGAUGGAUGUGAUGAAAGAAGCAAAAAGUGGGGAAUCUGAGAAGCCCCAAAUGUUCUUUCUGUAUGUCUGUAGUGCAUCAUUGACAAUGAACAGUUCAUUCCAAGCUGCAUUGCAAAUAUGUAUUAAGGUACCCUUAAUAAUGGUGCUUAAAGAAAUGUAGAAAAUGAA